UCGACCAUAUACACCUGUUGCAUGCACUGGAUAACAAAACUUAGAUGGCAUAAGUAAACGCAUUCCUUCCUUGAGAGAAGUUAAACUUUUCAAAGGCCAAAUAGGUGUAGGACGAGUAAGUUGUGGUAUGUCUUAGGCGAAUAAAUCCAAAUAAAAAGUCCAUUGUUGCAUGAAAAUGCUUCUAAUCUGGGGAUUUAAAGUGGAUCACAUGCUCUGACUGAACAACAGCGGCACGAGAGCACGCGCAUUCCACAGCAGCCUCUCGCGCAUCGUUUGUUUUGCGCCUUAAGAAAACCGCGAAGAGAAAACACAGUGAGAAGAUAGCGAGGAAAAACAUCAUUUUUGAUGGACUAUUGCAGGUUUAGGGGUUUGUUUGUGUAGUAAAUCGGACAUUUAUUCACUGUCGGACAUGACGCACUCCUACAGUCAGCGUUCUCUCUUGGUACUCACGUUUUUAGGGAUUUUAUCCGCAAUAAUGUCCGUGUUAUCCGUCAUUUUGAUUUGCCAGCUCCAAACGCAACAGGCUGCUAUAAAAGAUUCGCCUACUUUCGUGUCGAGUGAGAUCACAGCCGUGUUAAUGCCCGUUUCUACGGUCCUCUCAGCCUUGUCCCUAACACUCAACUUGAGCUCACUUGUUGUGUGUUUGCUUCACAGCUAUUUCGCGACUGAAAUAUGCCGAGGAGAACCAGAUACACAAAGGGCCGAUUGGUUUCUAUUGGAUAGCAGGAUUGUCCGGCAUGUGACCAUUGGGCUGUUUUGCCUUGGAGUUUCAGUUUACUUAGCUGCCAUGUCCAUUUAUAUGUUAUUGGUGUUUGAAGUCGAGACCGGCAUAGCCAGUGUGUGCGUGCUCUCCUCUGGUGUUCUCGUUCUGCUACUUAUCGUUAUUCACUCCCUAAUACGGGCCGCACAUACAGCCAAACACUUCCGCAGGGAACACACCCACACCAUGUACCACCACGACCCUGAAAACAGCCUUGGAAUCCAUACGUCGAACCUAAGCAUUACGGAAAAGCCAAGGAGGCAACACAGCUUAGCCAGCCUGCACAGACAUUUCAUCAACCCUGCUCACAUCGAUCCUAAAUCGCAGUACUCACCAUCCAACGGGCCUCACGUUCACUCUAGCGAUAAGGAUGGCUACAGUGGUGGUGGGAGCGGACGGACACACCGGACACUUUCGACAGACUCUGGCCUGUUUCACACACAGACAAAACCCUGGAACGGCGUCAACAGCGAGAUGAGAUCUAUACUAGCACGCAAAGCCACGGUCAAGGAUUCAACUUUAGUAUGAAUAGUAUCACACCACAUCUAUGUGGCUAUAUAUAAAGUGCCAUUUCUUUAAAUAUAUAUAUAUAUAUAUAUAUAUAUAUAUAUAUAUAUAUAUACACACACACACA